AGUUGCAUAAUUUCAUUUGGAUAGAUUCGGGCAUCUAGCUUGUUAAUUAUUUAGAACAAAUUUCAACUUUCGGAAUGUUCUCAGUUGGUUUACGCCAUGGCAGCCGAAGUUGCUGCAAUGGAUUUAUUAGGAUCUGUGCCAGAAUGCAGCAUUCUAACAAACUAAACCAUUUGCCUCCAGCAAGACAAACAGAUUAUUCCAACGUUCGUAAAGACAUGCCAGACAAAGAGCUUCGACCUUUGUAUCUUGAUGCACAGGCAACCACACCAUUGGAUCCCAGAGUGCUGGAUUCCAUGCUUCCUUACUUGGUCAGUUACUAUGGCAACCCACAUUCAAGGACACACGCCUAUGGAUGGGAAACAGAGGCUGCAAUAGAGAAAGCAAGACAGCAAGUUGCAGACUGUAUUGGUGCAGAUCCGAGAGAAAUUGUGUUCACAAGUGGAGCUACGGAGUCCAACAACAUCAGUGUCAAGGGAACAGCACGGUUUUACAAGAGCAAGAAGAAGCAUAUCAUAACAACACAAACUGAGCACAAGUGUGUGCUGGAUUCGUGUCGGGCCUUGGAGGGGGAGGGAUUUGAGGUCACCUAUCUGCCAGUGAAGACAAACGGCUUGCUGGAUAUGAAGCUGUUGGAGGAAGCCAUACGUCCAGACACUGUGCUAGUCUCUGUAAUGUUUGUGAACAAUGAAAUAGGGGUUAGACAACCUGUGGAGGAUAUUGGCUCAUUGUGCCGUGCAAAGAAAGUGUUUUUCCACACUGACGCUGCUCAGGCGGUGGGAAAGAUUCCCAUAGAUGUGAACAAGAUGAACAUUGACCUGCUGUCAAUAAGUGGCCAUAAACUAUAUGGUCCUAAAGGUGUUGGUGCCCUGUACAUUCGUCGGCGACCCCGUGUGCGUGUGGAGGCCCCCCAGAGUGGAGGGGGUCAGGAGAGGGGCAUGAGGAGUGGCACACUGCCCACACCCCUGUGUGUCGGGAUGGGCGCCGCAUGUGAGCUGGCCUCACAGGAAAUGGAGUAUGAUCACAAGAGGAUAUCGGCCCUAUCUAACCGACUUAUUGAGAGGAUAAGCUCAAAGGUGCCACGUGUCAUACGUAAUGGAGACCCUGAACACAGUUACCCAGGAUGUAUCAACUUAUCCUUUGCGUUUGUGGAGGGUGAAAGUCUACUGAUGGCCCUAAAGGAUAUCGCCUUGUCAUCUGGGAGUGCGUGUACCUCAGCCUCCCUGGAGCCAUCAUACGUUCUGCGCGCAAUAGGAGCAGAUGAAGAUCUUGCCCAUAGCUCUAUCAGGUUUGGUAUUGGUCGGUUCACAACACAAGACGAGAUAGACUAUACAGCUGACAAAUGUAUCGAACACGUUACCAGACUGAGGGAAAUGAGUCCUCUAUGGGAGAUGGUGCAAGAAGGCAUAGAUCUGAAGACAAUCAAGUGGUCUCAGCACUGAACAACUGUCUGACGAACCUUCGUGCGAGUUAUACCGGCUCAAGGCUGCAAGAUGGUGGUCAGCCCUUUUGGAGCCACUUGGAUAGGCACUUGAUGAUAAAAGUGGUGUUGUUGUCGCUGUCAUCCAUUUGUGUGAUCCUUUUUUUGAAGCCUCAUUACAUGUGAUAAUUGAUAUCAAGCAUUUGGGUUCUUUUAUUUACUCAGCUAUUGGUGUAUGCUGCGCUUUAAUUGUCAUAAUAUCAGACUGUGAUUUUGGGAAAUAAAACUCAGUGAGAUCUUCUGUAUGCAAGUCAGUGAAAAUUCGAGCAAUUAAUUUUUUACGUAACUUUGUUGUUACAAAGGAGCAUGAAGUUUGAAUUGGUUUAUUCAAAAUAGAUGUAUUGAUAUUAAAAAAUUGGAAAAUCUCCAAGCAUAGUGUUAUUAUUACUGCUCACUAUAGAUUAUACUGAUUCAGAAAGUAUUUGUGUGGCAGUCACUGUCUACAAUUUAAUCCAUGUUUACUUCCUCUGCAUUGCUUAUUCUAUUUAUCUACUGAUAUUACUGACGUGGCCAGUACCUUAGUUCAGUCAGCUGGAACAAUAUUUCAAUAUGAAGUGAACCUUGCUCUGGGAAAAUGAGGCUUAAUGCAUGUGUGUUAGGUGUCAACUCAGAUUAGCCUGUGCAGUCAACACUGGUACGACACUCUACGCGAAGAGUUUACGGUUUUGUUUAGAAAAUGCUUCCUUUUAACCCUUUGCAUGCUGGGAAAUUUGUCAUCUGCUAAAAUGUCGUCUGCAGAAUUUCUAAAAUUAGCAUUUUCUUCGAUUUUUUUCAAAGAAUACUAUCAGAAUAGCAAACAGUUUGGAUCCUGAUGAGACGCCACGUUCUGUGGCGUCUCAUCUGGAUCCAAACUGUUUGCAAAGGCCUUUAAAAUUCAGCUCCAGCGUUUUAAGGGUUAAUGAAAGAAUUCCAUACAAGUUUAAUUGAAUGUAAAACUUUAUUCAGAAUAUGAUAAUCCAGACAUUACUGUAUGGGCAUCUUGUGAUCUAUUAACCUUUGGUAGUUUUAAUUUGUCAUUGUCUAUGAUGUUUAAUUGUUAUUGCGUAAGUAUGUUCUGUUAAAUAUUUAACAUGUGGUACAGCAUAACUCACAUAACAGGAUCCUGGAUAACUCAAACACAUGUCGUACCUUGAACAAUUUUCUCAGUCCUUCCCAAAGUACCAUAUUUGGAAUUACAUUUACUGUAUAUUAAAUAAAAUUAAAAUUGUGAUGUUUUUGUACUUGUGUGCAUUUAGAAAUUUAGUAUUAUGUUGUUGUGGUUUAUUAUAUCUUUAAAACAUUGUUAAAACUGCUACGAUUACUUGUAACAAAUAAAAAAUGUGUACAAUUA